GCCAAAGUAACAUUAUUGUGUGAAAUUCUUAUUUAAUAGAUUGAUGAGCAGUUAAACAAUUCGGGAAGCGAAUCGGCAUCGGAGGAAGGUGAUGAUUCAUUGCUAGUGACAGUAGUUCCUGUAAAACCUAGCAAAACACCUGGGAAGAUGAAAAUAAGUUUUGAGGACCUAGAGAGAGAGAGAAGAACAAGAAAGGCGAAAGCUUGAAGAAGAAAAGCGAUUGAGAUAUGAGCAGGAAAAGCAAGCUCUCAGGGAAGUCAAAUAUUUCUCACCAGAUGUGGAUGAAGAUGAAAUGCUUGACAGCGAAAGAAAAGAAUCACCCAGCCCUGGUAAAGUGAAACUAACAUUUGAAGAAUUGGAAAGACAGAGACAAGAAAAUCAGAAAAGGCAAGCAGAGGAAGAGGCGAGGCAACGUCUGGAAGAGGAAAAACGUGCCUUUGAGGAGGCAAGGCAGCAAAUGCUAAAUGAAGAUUAUGAUGAUCAGGAAAAUGAAAAUUCCGUCAAGGAGUUCCGUCCUGGGAAACUGAUACUUACCUUUGAAGAAAUAGAAAGGCAGAGGCAAGAAGAAAAAAAAAGAGCAGAAGAGGAAGCCAGAAGGCGCAUAGAAGAAGAGAAAAAGGCAUUCGCUGAAGCAAGAAAAAGCAUGAGUCCAGAUGAUGAGCUUUCGCCAAUGUCUAAAACUGUAUCGCAAGAAUCUCUCACACCUGGAAAACUGGAAAUUAACUUUGAGGAGCUACUGAGACAAAAAAUGGAAGAAGAAAAGAGGCGUACAGAAGAGGAGCGCCGACAAAAACUGGAAAUGGAAAAGCAGGAAUUUGAGCAGCUCAGACAAGAAAUGGGAGAGGAAGAGGAGGAGUGUGAAACGUUUGAGCUAAGCAGGGAAUAUGAGGAGCUAAUAAGAUUAAAAAGAAGUGGCUCUAUUCAAGCAAAGAGCUUGAAGAAAAAGUUUGAGAAAAUUGGGCAGCUGUCCGAAGAAGAAAUACAGAAAAAAAUUGAAGAAGAAAGAGCAAGGAGAAGAGCUAUGGAUCAGGAAAUAAAAGAAAGGGAAGCAGAGAAAUUUCAAGAGGAAGAUGAAGUAGAUGUAAAGCCAGCCACAAAAUCUGAAGCUCCAUUUACACACAAGAUAGACAUGAAGGCUCGAUUUGAACAAAUGGCAAAGGCAAGAGAAGAGGAGGAGCAGAGAAGAAUUGAAGAACAAAAAAUGCUACGUAUGCAAUUUGAACAGAAGGAAAUUGAUGCUGCAUUGCAAAAGAAAAAGGAAGAGGAGGAAGAGGAGGAUGGCAGCAUUGUUAACGGCUCAGUAUAUGAGGAUGAAGAACAGCAAGCACGAUCUGGUGCUCCAUGGUUCAAGAAGCCCCUUAAAAAUGUGUCUGUUGUGGAUAGCGAACCAGUAAGGUUUACUGUUAAAAUAACUGGAGAACCCAAGCCAGAGGUUACAUGGUGGUUUGAAGGAGAAAUGUUGCAGGACUGCGAGGACUAUCAAUAUGAGAGAGGAGAAACCUACUGCCUUUACUUACCAGAAACUUUCCCGGAAGAUGAAGGAGAAUAUAUGUGUAAAGCAGUGAACAGCAGAGGAACAGCAGCUAGCACCUGUAUUCUCACUAUUGAGACUGAUGACUAUUAAUAUCCUACUUUUUCUGGAGCCUUCCUUCCCUAAAUUUACUGCAUCCAUCUUUCUUUCUCUCUCCUGUGGUGGGGCCAACAAGAAGUUGUUUAUCAUUCCUCAAAUAAGAUACCCAAUUGCCAGAUUUAUCUCUUGGUUUCAGACUGAAGUUUGGCAAUAGAAGUUUGGUUCAUCUGACAUACAAUGGCUCAAUUUCCACUUGUAAACAGCAUUGUGGCUGCUUGUUAAUGCCACUGAAUUGCUUCUGUGACAAGGAGAUUCUUAUCAGGAAAGCCAAGCUGUUCAUAUGAAACAGCUUGUCAUGGGAUCCCAUCAAUUCUUCACCAUGUUA